AUGUGUGAGAGAGAGCGAAAGGGAGGAGGAGAACAGGGUGAGCUAAGGGAGGGGGAAAACGGCGUAUGCUUGUAUACAACAACCCCUGAUUUCCAUUUUUUCCCCAACUCGUAAUGUAUUUAAUUCAAGUGAAACGUAAUCAUGACGUGUCCUGUCAUUAAUCCGCCCGCCGCCUCUCCCAGAAUGGAUUCUCCUCCUGAAUGUGUGUUGGCUCUUUCGUGUGAGCUGCCCCAGUCACCCCCUACACUACCAUCGCUGGACCACAGUCCCCAGGCCUCUCCUCACUCUACCUCCCACCUCUCCCUUUCACACAGCCCCUCAGCCCUGUCCCACACACCAGAACCCCUGUCGACCACCCCCUACUUCCCCCUUUCCUCCUUCCCCCUCAACCACCACGAUGAGGAAGAGGAGGAGGAUGAAGAGGAGCUGUCAGCCCCUUCGUCCCCCACCCCGGCCGUGGCUCUUUUCCCGGGGGGUCUUCCGGAGGUGUGUAGCCCCUCUCCGGAGAGCUCUCCUCCGGUCACUCCGACAUCAUCGGCCCCUCUCACUGGGUUUGGGGCCCUGGAGCUGGCACUGUCCUCCGGGCAGCAGGGUGCCACCUGUAGUGAUGAGCUAGACCUCCAGCUCUUCCAUAAGGACGGGGGGAGUCUGUUAGGGUCUCUGCCCGGGAGGAAGGGUGUUUCUAGGGGAGCGGCCGGACUCAAGUUCCCCUGUCUGGUUUGUGGGAAAAGAUUCCGCUUCCAGAGUAUCUUGUCGCUCCACGCCCGCGCUCACAGUCUGGACCGGGACCGCCGCGCCUCAGCUCUAUACCGCAACACCGGCACCACGACCGGGAGCAUCAUUGGGACGGGGUCCACGGCGCAUCUCAAAGCCCACCAGAACCACAACGACGUGGGGCAGAACCACCACAGCCACCGCCAGAGUCCCCUGCUGUCUGUAUCUCUAACCCAGGGACUGAGAGGGGAGGAUGGGGAUGGGGAUGCUCUAGAGGAGGCUCUGCAGAUGGAUCACCAGACCCUCCAGCCGUUCCUAAUGGAUGAGAGCACACCGCUGAGCCCUCCGCUGACCGAGGAGGUGCCCCUCUCCCUCACCUCCCCCUACUCCUCUUCCUGCGGCCUGGUUGGCACGGGUCCUGCCAUCUUAGAAGAAGCCGCCCUGGCCACAGCGGCAGCACCCGCAUUCCGCUGCCACGCCUGCAAGGGCAAAUUCCGCACAGCCUCGGAGCUGUCUCGUCACGUCCGCAUCCUCCACAACCCGUACAAGUGCACCCUGUGCUCCUUCUCCGCCAGCCAGGAAGAACGCCUGGCCGCACACCUCCACGACAGCCACCCCUCCCUGUCCCUCUCCCCCCCGGUGGAACUCCCCGCCCUGCCCCCCUACACCCCCAGACACCCCCCCAUCGUAACCACCACCACUACCAUCAUCCCCACCCCCAUCCCAGACACUCUCGUUCCCACCCCCACCCUGGCCCCAGGGGCUCCGCCUCUGCCGGCCUUCCGCUGUGAGACGUGCGGCCAGCGCUUCACCCAGUCCUGGUUCCUGAAGGGCCACAUGAGGAAGCACAAGGAYUCUCUGGACCACAAAUGUCAGGUGUGCGGCCGUGGCUUCAAGGAGCCUUGGUUCCUCAAGAACCACAUGAAGGUGCACCUCAACAAGCUGGGCCUGAAGGCGGGGCUGGGGGGCUGGGGGGGCUGCUGCCUCCUAUGGCCGGGGCUGAACAAAGAGGCCUCAAAGGCUCGGUCACCAGCCAGGGCCUCAACGCCUCUACUCCAGCCUCUUGCUGGCUCGUGGUGGAGGGGGGAGAGGGGACGAGCAAGGGCUGAGCGGGACGGCGCCGGAGUCUCUAGUAAAUCGGCCAUCUUGGGCUCUGGGUUGCCCAGCGAUGGUGGUGGCGGCGCCAGCUGCAUGGAGCGGCUGCAGGCCGUGGCUCAGGUGGCGGAGAUGGGGAAUGGGGGAGGAGGAGGGGGAGGAGGAAACGGAGGAGGAGGAGAGACAGCGGCAGAUGGAGGGGACCAGAUAGCCAUGUGGCAGCUGGUAGCUCGUAGCCUAGUAGCAGCUCAACAGGCCCAGCAAGCCCAGCAGGCUCAGAGGCAGACGCAGAGGACCCAGCAACUGCACCGAGCCCCAUCCAGGAGCUCCGUGGUGGGAGAGGCUGAGCAGGUCAGGGCCUACUUGGAGUGCCCCACUGUGGGAAGCUGUUCCGGAGCCUGCAGCAGGUGGUGGCGCACGCCCGCGUCCACAUCCAGCGGCCCCAUAAGAACCACGGUCACCCCCCGCGCCACGCCGGAGGAGGAGAGAAGGAUGGAGGGGCGAGCCGGAGUGGGGGGACGAGGAGGAGGUGGGAGAGGAGGUAGUAGCGAGGGAAGACAGGAGUCCAAACUUCAAAGUGGACCUCAACAUCAGUCAGCAGCCGGUGGAGGGUUCCACUCAGUGAUGUCACAGUUCCAAGGAGAGAACGGUCUAUCUGGGUCAUCUUCAGGUUCGUCCGUGACUUCUAGGGAGCGUGUGCGAGGCACAGGGGUGAAAGACUGCCCCUAUUGCGGUAAAGCUUUCCGCUCGUCCCAUCACCUUAAAGUGCAUCUGAGAGUUCACACAGGGGAGAGACCGUAUAAAUGUCCCCACUGUGACUACGCGGGAACCCAGUCAGGCUCUCUAAAGUACCACCUCCAGAGGCACCACAGAGAACAGAGGAAUGCCAUGGGGGCCUCUUCAUCCACCGCCUCCUCCCCCGGCCUCACUUCCGCCUCUCUGGGAGGUGGUGGAGGAGCACCACGGGGGGAGGGAAGGGAGGGGAUGGCCAAACAGCGCCGGCCCCAGAGCUUCACCCAUGGCUCAGCCGCCAGAACCCCGGCAGAGACCGCUUCCUCCAGACACAACCAGCACCAGCCCUGGAUCCUGGGCCUUCCCGAGCAGCGAGACAGGGACCAUGGGAAGGCCAUGGGAGGACUGAGGGAGGCAGAUCUGGAGAGCCAGUACCGGUACCUAUCCGGGGUGAUGGGGGCGCUGUACCAGGGGGGGAUGGAGGGAGGGUGGACGGGGGAGUCCCCUACCCCCACCCCGCCCCCGCCAAAGGCACCCAAAGUGUCCCGCCGCAAACCACUCACCACCAGCCGCAUGGUGCCAGCUAAUGGGAGGGAGCGGAUGGGAGGGGGAUCAGCUCGGGGCACCCAGGAGGGAGGCUUGUUGUCCCAGCCCCUGGAUCUCUCCCGCCGCCCCUCCCCUGGGCUCGGAGGUCUGGAGGAGGAUGGAGUACCGGGAAGUGGUGGUGGAGGAGGAGGAGGAGCAGGGGUCACCCUUAACCAGUGCCUGUUCUGUCCCUUCCGUACCUGCUCAGCCGAGCUGAUGGCCAUGCACCUCCAGGUCAACCACACCAGCAAGUCCAGGCGUAAGAGGGGGGCCCACAACCCCAGCUCCCUGGGGGAACACGGGCCCCAGAGGCCACCCCAACCCCGGGCAGACCCAGACCCCCUAGCCCUGUGGAGGUACCUGAGCGAGAGUGAAGAUAGGGCCCCCCUCGAGGAAUGGGCCUCAUCCAGGGUGGAGAGGGAGAGAGGGAUGGAGAACGGCCUCACCCCAGAGGAAGUGGACCUAGAGGGCAGCUACAACCUCCACCACCCCCUGCAGGCUUCUAACCAGGCCUCCACCACACCCAGGAACACAAGGAGUGGCCUCGCUGGCCUGGGGCAGGAAGGCAAGGUGGAGGAGGAUGGGGAAGAGGAGGAAGAAGAGGAGGAGGAUUUGGAAAGGGAGAGCAGUAGUCCAGGGGAUUCCCCUAUAGAGCAUGGGAUGAGGAUGUCUCUCUCCAUGUCACCUGCCCUCGGCUCUGACCGUCUUACACGAGAGGAGGAAGCAGUGAUGGGAGACUAAACGGCAGCAACAUUAUCCUGCAGAGAGAUGGGAAGAGGGAGUUCAACUAGACAGGGCAGAAGUUUAGGAGUCAAAUGUUGGGGGUCAUUAUAUCACUUCCUCGUUCUCUUACAUACAGCAGUUCAGGGUCAUUGUCAUGAUAAGUCCGCUGACAAGUAUAACUAAGGACCACGGACUGAGAUGCACCUCCAUUGAGAGUGUUGUGUAAACAUCAUCUCUCCUAAGGAAGCCCGUUUAAAAAUCAUACAUUUUUCUCUCGUCUUUUAAUAUUUACAUCCCGGGAGUUCAGUGCAGUCCUCUUGAUUUUCUCAACCAACCACAACCCCCCUUGUACAUACAGACAGUGCAGUGUGAAUCGUUUCUCUUCAGGACUUUUGAGGCCUUGAGUUCUAUAUUCCAGAGUUUCCUGUUUUCCAUUCCGUCUCCUAUCAAGAGGGCUAAUUGUGAUGAUUUGCUCGAGAUUGUCCUAUGGCUGCUGUUAAGUCUUAAUAUUACUAUGUGAGAACAAAUAAACUGUAACAUUCUACCAUUCCAGAGAACACAAAAAUGAUUUUAUCAGACCUUAUACUUCAUGUUUUGAGAAUAAUACUACUUCUAUGAGUAACAUUGUUGAUUAGUUAUACUUUAGCAGAACAAGUGUCAAAAGAAGCCGAACUUCAUCCCAACUGCCGUUUAGAUAAGUUACCACUUCUUGUCACUUUGACAUUUCAAGUUCAUAUUACGGUCUGUUCAAGAGCACUGAUUCGAUAACCGUUCAAGCCGUAAACUCAAACUAAGCUAUCCAGCUGUCUGCAACAAAUAACACGACAGGAGCAACUUUUUACCAGAUGAAGAUGACAAUGAUUAGGGAUAAAAUAACCCCUGACCCUGAUAUCACUGCCUCUCAUUGGUCGGAUUGCUGUUCCGAGGUCACCACAGGAACAGUUAGUCAUUUCCUGUUUUCCCCUCAGUUUAGUGCCUGUCUAUGUUUGGAAUGUCGUCAAGGGAGUUCUACAGGAUAGCCCUCUGUUUCUGGGCUCUUAUAGGACAAUGAUAUCUGAGAAUACAGUAUAAAGCUAAAGUAUAUAUGUAAAAAAAUUGGUUCUAGGCUAUUGUGAAUAGAAAUCUGUCGUGGUAAACAAACAGCUGGUGUGGAUCUUUCUCUUUUCACAAGAGACCGGUAGCAUCUCUAUGUGGAUUCUGUGGAAAAAAUUAUAAAGCACUUAGUUGAUGAAGAUGAA